GAAAGUCAAAACGAUUUGUUGUUAGUUUGUUUUUCUUUUGGCAACCAAAGAAGAUGCAUUAAAAUUAUUAAACAAAAAAAAUGGUUUGUUUAUUAUGCUUUGAGACCAGUGGCGAUCACAUCAAUCUGUCGGGUGUGGAAGGUUCCAUUUCGCAGAUAUCAUCGAUUGUAUAUAAAUACUUCCAAUUCAUGUUCGAGAGCGAACCUGCCCAAGGUGAAAUAUGCCGAAAAUGUUGGAUAAAAGUGGAUAUGUUUCAUGCUUUUUAUCAACACAUCGAGGAAAUUCAAUCAAAUUUAAUAAAAUCGGAUCCAUUAGUCGCUGAAAAUCUUGAUAUAAAAAGUGAAGACACUUUGAGCCAUAUGCAAAAAGAAGAAUCAAACAAUGAUACAAAUUAUGGUUUGGAGUUCAAUGAUACCCAUUGGAACGAUGAUUUUGAUGCAAAUCAAUCAGAUGCCUCAACCAAUUCCAAAAGGGAUAUUGUAACCGUAGAAUUUAGUAUGAAUGAACCGACUGAAGACAAACCGGCUGAAGACAAACCGACUGAAAUAAAACCGAUAAAGUCUAAAGUAGCGAAAAAUAAAGCGACGACAAGAAAAUAUCAGCGGAAAAAAAAAUCAUCGAAAACGAGUACAAAUACAUCUAAUCAACAUACGUGUCCGAAUUCAAAAUGUCGACGGAAAUUCGAGGCAAAAGAUACGCUCAUUGCACAUUGCGCACAAGAACAUGCACGCUUUCAUUGUACACAUUGUCCAAAUAUUCGAAUGUUUGCCGAUUUAUACAAGCAUUUGCGUGACGUUCAUGAAAUAGUCGAAAACGCCAUAUGCGAACAUUGUGGCAUCCAAUUCGGAUGCAAUCGAACGUUACAAGAGCAUAUCAAGCGAAAGCACACAGUCAGUGAUCCGGUUCAAUGUGAUAUUUGUAAAGAAUGGUUUAAAAGUCGAGAAACGAUUCGAUCACACAUGAUUUAUGUGCAUAUUCAAGGACCACAAGCAUGCGGCAUAUGUGGAAAAGUGUCGGCGAAUCGAAAGGCUUUACGAACACAUCUCACAAUACAUUCAGAAGCUUGGAAAAAAUUUAAAUGUGUGAUUUGUGACAAAGGAUUCCGCAGUAGUACAAAGCUUAGAGAACACUCCUACAUCCAUUCGGGAAAAACCGAUGCAUACGUGUGUCAAUUCUGUGGCAAAAGUUUUCGAUUUAAUUCUUCGAUUUCCGCGCAUCGAAUGAAGUAUCACCCAGCUGAAAUGGCUCACGUCAAAGAGAGGCUACAACGAAAGCGUAAUAUGGAAUUCAAAGUCUAACAGCAACAGCCUUGAACAGUAUUUUUUGAAUGUUCGUUUUACGUACAUGAUUUAGAUAAGUUACAAUAUCCAAAUUUAACAAGAGAAUAAAAUAAAGCGAUUCCAAUUUUGUUAAUUUUA